CACUGAGCUGCUAAAUAUGAGCUACUGCUGUAGAUAGCGGCUUUUAUUUUGAAAGCAGUGGGCCUGGUGCAGCAGUGGCAGUCAGAUGCGCAGCAGCUUCAGGAGACACGUCCGCUAUGGCUGAGACCCACAGCUUACAGGACCUCCAGCAGCCAGCUGUCUCCUCCAAGGUGUUUGUCCAGAGAGACUACAGUUCAGGAACCAUAUGCAGGUUCCAGACCAAGUUCCCCUCUGAGCUGGAGUCAAGGCUUGAUAAGCAGCAGUUUGAGGAGACGAUCCAGGCUCUGAACAACCUGUAUGCAGAGGCAGAGAAGUUAGGAGGGAAGUCGUACCUGGAGGGUUGUUUGGCUUGUCUAACAGCUUACACCAUCUUCCUCUGUAUGGAGACGCACUAUGAGAAGGUGUUAAAGAAGAUUGCCAGAUACAUUAAAGAUCAGAAUGAGAAGAUAUAUGCUCCCAGGGGCUUGCUGCUGACUGACCCCAUUGAGCGAGGCCUCCGAGUUGUUGAAGUGACUAUCUUUGAAGACAGAAGUAUUGGCUCUGGAAGAUAAAAUAAUCUCAGGGCUGAUGACUCUCACCAGAUAUUCCUCAUCUAUCUGACAGCACAUAUUCAGACUUCUGCUCCACCCGAAUUAUGUAUAUAAUUUUAUUCUUCCUUUUCUCUGUUUAUUUAUAAGUACUCAAAUGUCGGCCUAUCCUAAUAUGUUUGUAAAUGUGUUUUUCAUGUCUUUUUAUACACGAGGCGAUGUAUAAAUCGGGACCUAGUUGAUCAAGACCAGUCUUUACGAUUAGUGCCAUCGUGUCAAAUGCCACUUUUUGACCACCGUAAUUGUGAGUGACUUGACGUGUGUGUCGUAAAACAAAUGAUGUACGGUCAAAUACUGUGUAGUCGCCAAGAAUUUAGAAAGAAACUGGUUGGGUUGCAGAUGUUGGCACAGUGUGUAAACAGUAUGGGUAGUUCUCAACAGUAUUGCCAUGAUGGUUGUGGCCUUUGUUGAGGCAAAUGUUUUCUUCUCUGUGCAUGACUGUGACUUUUUUUUAUGGGGAAUCAUAUCUUGUGGGAGAUUUUUGUGACUUCUGAGAUGAAGCAUGUUCACCGUUAAUAAGCGCAUCACUAAAAAACAACACCUAGUGCUCUUUGAGAAAUGUCCCUCUCCUCUGUGACAUACAGCAGGUGCACUAAAUCUCCCAAAUCAUGUUUAACAGUCGUGCUACAGGUUUCUCAAAAGGUUUACUAUCUAUGUUGCAAAUGUCAUCCCUGUUUUCAUUAUCGCCAAACAUCACGGACAUUGUAAACCCUCCACAGAUGAUUGUUGUAGAUGGUGUUUGAUACAACUGGUCUUCUUUUCUUACAAUUACUCUUAUGUUUUAUCUAAAUAAAUAGUUGUUUGCUGAAAUCUUUUGA